UGCUUUUUGAUUGACAUUUGCAUUUUGAUUGAUGUUCAAUUUCAAGGAAAAAAUAUUGUUUUCUUUUGCUAUUUUUGUAUCAAACUUUAUUUCCUGAAAUAAUGAAGAUGUUUUUACGUGUAUAAACUUGUUAACUGUUUCCUUGGCUCCCUGUGUCUUCCAGUAAAAUAGUAAAAAUGAUGAUAUCUCGUUCUAAACACCGCUCAACGGUGGAAGUUUGUGCUGAUUGCGGAGCCUCAGAUCCGUCGUGGGCAUCCAUAAACCGAGGGCUGCUAUUAUGUGCGGAGUGUUGUAGUGUUCACCGCAGUAUGGGUCGUCACAUCUCUCAUGUUAAAUCUCUUCGCCAAGGAACCUGGCCCCCUUCACUUUUAGCAAUGGUGCAGGCACUCAAUGCUCAGAAUGUGAACAGUAUUUGGGAACAUUCCUUACUCGACACCUCAGCCCCCAAACACCUACGGAAAAAACCACAGCCAAAGGAUCCUUUACACCCAACAAAAUCCGAGUUCAUCUUAGCAAAACACCUGCGGCUGGCGUAUGUGCUGCGAGCACGUCGGGAUGAGCCCCCGAGUGAGCUCGGCCGGCAGCUGCACAGCGCGGUGCGGAGCUCCUCGCUCGACACCGCCAUGAGGCUGCUGGCGCAGGGGGCUGAUCCUAAUUAUUAUAACCAGGAGAAGGGUUGCAACUGCCUGCACGUGGCGUGCCGCGCGGGGCAGGCGGCGCAGGCCGAGCUGCUGGCGGCGUGGGGCGCCGACCCCGGGGCCCGCGACCACGCGGGGCACACGCCCGCUGACACUGCUAGGCUAGGCGGUCACAUAGCCCUCGCCGAGCGCAUGGUAGAGCUAGUCUACGAAGCCACGGACCGGCUGGUCUGCGUACUGACCGGGGCUCGGCCGAGCCACGCCGGCGGCCGCCACUACGCCGCGCCGCGGGACCAGCGCGCGCACGAGAUGACCGACGUCGCCAAGGCGGCACGCGGGAAGCUGCAACUGCUGCCCAACCACCUGUUUGAAGAGUUGGUGAUGGACAUCUACGACGAAAUCGAUCGACGAGAAACAGAAGCGAUAUGGCAGACGAGCGCGACGGGGCUGGAGCGCUGCGGCGUGGUGUUCCUGCCCGUCAACCCCGCGCUCUCCGCGCCACGGAACCAGGGUCGUCAGAAGCUGGCGCGGCUGUCGACGGCGGAGAUGGCGACGCUGCUGCGCGACGUGCUCGCCGACGCCGCCAGGAGGCAGCACAUCGCCACGCUGCAGCCUAGAGCGUUGCAAGGCCUCGUGAGGGCGUCCCACCUGUCGGACGACGAGCCGCUGUACGACUCGGUGGCGUCCGACGACGACUACGCCUCGCUACUACCCAUCGAUGUUGACAUGAGGAGUAUACUCCCGCGCGCCGGCGACGCCGUCUCAUCCACAUACAACCCGUCUCUACCCUCGGAGCUGAGCAUCGAACCCAGGACCCACUCGCCCGCGCCCGCCGCCGCCGCACCCCCCGCCCCCGCGCCGCAGAUAGAGACACUCAAGAAAGAACUCGACAGCCGGGACUCCACCAUCACGGAACUGAAAACACAACUCAAAAACCUCCAAACCAUAGUCGAGCAGCUGACGAAAGAAAACAGCGUAUUGAAAACCACGAGCAGUUUCGACGAUAACAGUAUAGCGUCGGUCGGUUCUAUUGUGGAUUCUACCAGCAAUGGGUUAGAGGUGGAGAAGCCCCAAGAGCGAGGGAAAAGUUUAGAGGCAGAGAUGGCGGCCGCCGACGACGUGAAGGCGGCGAAGGGGCAACGGCCGGUCAGUAUGUUUGAGGCUCGCGAGGGGCCCCGGAAUAACUGGCACGUUACUAAACAUCAGCUGGCGACACUGUCGGGGCUGGACCGCGCGCUCACGCAAGGCGUGUUGGAUGAAGCCCCCCUGCCGUCUACUGACAUGGUGCACCGCCGGGCAGAGGUCAUCACCAGGGGGAUACAGGAGCUGUGGGCGGCGGCGCGCGAGCAGGAAGGCCGGCUGGCGGAGCGCGCCGACAGCAUCCGCACCGCCGUGCGCGCGCUGCUCGCAUUGUUUCCACAGAACUGCCCCGACGCGCACCUCGACGCCCUCCUCUCUGACCUCCGUUUGGCCUGUGAGCAGGUCACCGCCGCCGCCGCCGCGCCCGCGCCGCUGCCGCAGCUCAGCGCCGCCGCCUACGACCUCGCCAAGGCCACCAAGCAGCUGGUCACACACUUCACUGAUGAAAGGUCCUAGCGGUCGCCCAACUACUACUACAGCACUGUGUAGUGUGUAGUGGUAGCUGGUUGGUGAGGAGAUUGUUGUUAACAUGUUUUAAAGGUAAUAAAAAAAUUGGGUCUCCACUGCGUUAAAGACACUCGGAGCGAAUGUCCGCCUCGUCACUGCGGAGUCUAGUGCUAGUAAAUACAGGUUGUCAUAUAAGAUCAAAAGUUGCUUAGAAUGACGAUUUGUAUCCUCCUUUCGGGAUUAUGUUAACUUAUGGGACACCCUGUAUACUACCGCCGUACGACACAUGUCAAAUAAUGCUUAAAAUGGACAUCCCAUCCUUGUUCCGCUCAGCGCAGUGGACUUAUUUGUGUAACCCUCAUUAAGGCUUUUCAUGUUAAAGUUCAAAAAAAGGUGGGAUGUAUAAUUGUAUAUUCCCCCUGUGUUAAGGUUUAAAAUGAACACCAAAUUGUAUUCUACAAAGGGACAUUAUGACGUAAUAAUUGUACAAAAGAAAUUGUUAGGAUAAAAGUUUUCAAAACCCAGUGAACCCAAUGUUGUUGGUAUACUUGGUAACUUGUAGUUUCUAAAACAAACAAAAAAUAAGUAUUAUCCUUUUAUAAUUAA